AUGGGUUCUAUCGCCGAUACACUCAGUGCAAGCUGCGGCUACACAGGCUCGGAGAAAAAUGGACUUGGACAAAGCAGGGUUACAUGGCAAAAGAGUCCUCCACAUCUCAAAGAUCUCGGUACACUGCAAAGAACUCUAGGUCCAAUAACAACCGCAGACCUGUUUAAAGCAGAUUGCUAUGGUCAAAAGUCAAAAUCAGGGAUCGAUGUCCGCAAGUUCCUCAGUCGCGAAGGACGUAUCAGACAACCAUCGUCUUUAAAGGCCAGUGUGGGAGAGUUGGGUGAAGAUAUGAUCAGUCUUGGCACGGGACGCCCAUCGCCAGACACGUAUCCAUUUGAGCGAAUGGAGUUUGCAUAUUCUUUGCCCAACGCCAGUGCCUGGGCUGCUCCUCCGUCCGUCAAGAGCAAUAGCUCCGAGGGGCAGCAAGGGUCAGCCGUGGUACGCAAGCAAGAUCCGUCGGCUUCGAUGGAUUUGUCGAUCGCAUUGUCCUACGGCUAUUCUCUUGGGUCCGAGCAACUCAUUCAAUAUCUGACCACCCACGUUUCUCACGUUCAUGGUCCACCAUAUUCGGAUUGGGAGAUCUGUCUCACUGGAGGCAACACGCCUGCCAUGGAGACUGCCUUUCGGAACUUCGCAGACCCCGGUGAUUUCAUCCUGGUGGAAGAAUACACAUAUUCUGGAAUGAUAGAGGCGGCGACAGCUCUAGGUCUCAAUAUGGUCCCUGUGGAAAUGGACGAAGACGGAUUAACUCCUCGAUCCCUGGACAACAUACUGUCAACGUGGAAUGAAUUGCAGCCCGGAAAGCCGACACCAAGGCUGCUAUACACGAUACCGACUGGACACAAUCCCACCGGCAUAACUCAGCCUCGUCAUCGACGGCAAGAGAUAUUGGAUGUUGCUGAGAAACACGAUAUCAUGAUCCUUGAAGAUGACCCUUACUAUUACCUACUUUUCCCACACAGCUGGAGUGACUCAGAGACACCAGCCCUCCCGUCUUACCUUUCGCUCUCUCAAACCGGACGCGUGAUGAGACUCGACAGUACGUCCAAAAUCCUCGCGCCGGGGCUGAGGUUGGGCUGGCUCACAGCGCCAAAGGCGAUUGUCGAGACCUUUCAAGCCGCGCAUGACUUAGGGUUCAUCCAUCCAAGCGGUCUCAGCCAGCUGGCUGUGUAUAAGCUAGUAUCGGAGACCUGGGGACACGCUGGAUUCCUCCACUGGCUGAAGGCUUUGGCAGGCAAUUACCAGGAAAAAGCCGCGGUAAUCCUCAAUUCCAUGAAAAUAGAGCUUGGAAGAGGUGUGCUGGCGGAUGUAUGCUCUUGGAGUGACAUCCGUGCAGGCAUGUUCAUCUGGCUCAAGGUUGACUGUCGCAGGCUGGUAGAUAUGUCCCGGACACCAAUGGAUGCAGAAGCAAGGCACAAAGCACUGUUGAGCAUCGAGGACAGGAUCUACAUGGAGGGGCUGAAAGAAGGGGUGCUAGCCUGCAAAGGAAGCCACUUUCGAGCGCCCGCAUUGACCUGCAAUGGUGUUUCUAGGAGUAAUGGGCAAUUGGUGGAUGGGCCUGGAAGAUCUCUGGCUGAGGAUGAGAAUGCUGUUUUCUUCCGUUUGACCUUUGCAUCUGCAGGAGAGGCAAGUCUCGUCACAGCAGUUGGACGUCUUGGGUUAGCGCUCCGCAAGAUAUUCACCCCGGUAUCUGGGGAAGCUGCACCAGAAACACCGUCUCACUGA